CGCAACCCUUCCGGGGCCAACAGCAUCAGCAACGACAGGUCGGCCAAGAGUUCGGCAGACUCCGCCCGCCGCGCUCCCGCAAGAACCCGCGUAGUCCUCUGGCGCGCCACGUCUGCCGGGCUGGUGAUGGCGCGGCGGUGAGGGGGGCGGAGUCGGCCCGAACACCAGGGGAAGAUGGCGGCCAGCAUCCGGGAGAAGCAGACCGGGGCUUUGAAGCGUAUGUUGAAUUUUAAUGUGCCACCUGUUAAAAACAGUACAGGUGAACCAGUAUGGAAAGUUCUUAUUUAUGACAGAUUUGGCCAAGACAUAAUAUCUCCAUUACUCUCUGUGAAAGAAUUAAGAGAUAUGGGCAUUACUUUACAUCUUCUUCUUCAUUCUGAUCGAGACCCUAUUCCUGAUGUUCCAGCAAUAUAUUUUGUAAUGCCAACAGAAGAAAAUAUUGAUAGGUUGUGCCAGGAUCUUAGAAAUCAACUUUAUGAAUCGUAUUAUUUAAAUUUUAUUUCUGCCAUUUCAAGAAGUAAACUGGAAGAUAUAGCAAAUGCUGCUCUUGGUGCCAAUGCAGUUACACAAGUUGCUAAGGUUUUUGACCAAUACCUCAAUUUCAUUACCUUGGAAGAUGACAUGUUUGUGUUAUGCAAUCAAAAUAAAGAGCUUGUUUCUUAUCAUGCCAUUAACAAACCAGACAUAACAGAUACAGAAAUGGAGACCAUUAUGGAUACAAUUGUUGACAGCCUUUUCUGUUUCUUUGUUACACUCGGAGCAAUUCCAAUAAUUAGAUGCUCAAGAGGAACAGCAGCAGAAAUGGUGGCAGUGAAAUUGGAUAAGAAACUCCGAGAGAACCUUAGAGAUGCCAGAAAUAGCCUUUUCACUGGCGACACACUUGGGGCUGGGCAAUUUAGUUUUCAGAGACCUCUUUUAGUACUUGUUGACAGAAAUAUAGAUUUGGCAACUCCUCUACAUCAUACUUGGACCUACCAAGCCUUAGUACAUGAUGUACUGGACUUUCAUUUGAACAGAGUUGUUUUGGAAGAAUCUUCAGGAAUGGAAAAUUCUGUAGCAGGUGCUAGACCAAAGAAAAAAAAUAAAAAAACAUAUGAUUUAACUGCAGCUGAUAAAUUUUGGCAGAAACAUAAAGGAAGUCCUUUUCCAGAGGUAGCAGAGUCUGUCCAGCAAGAGUUAGAAUCCUACAGAACUCAAGAGGAUGAAGUGAAGCGGCUUAAAAGUAUAAUGGGGCUGGAAGGUGAAGAUGAAGGAGCAAUAAGUAUGCUGUCUGAUAAUACAGCUAAAUUAACUUCAGCUGUUAGCUCUCUUCCGGAACUUCUAGAAAAGAAAAGACUCAUAGAUCUUCAUACAAAUGUAGCAACAGCCGUUCUGGAACAUAUAAAGACUCGGAAACUAGACGUGUAUUUUGAAUAUGAAGAAAAAAUUAUGAGCAAGUCCACAUUGGAUAAAUCACUUUUGGAUAUGAUUUCUGAUCCUGAUGCGGGAACUGCAGAAGACAAGAUGCGACUCUUUCUUAUCUAUUUCAUAAGUUCUGUACAGUUACCUUCUGAGGCAGAUUUGGAACAGUACAAAAAAGCACUAACUGAUGCUGGAUGUAACCUUAAUCCUUUAAACUACAUUAAACAAUGGAAAGCUUUUGCCAAAAUGGCUUCAGGUCCAGCUAUGUAUGGAAAUAGUGCAGCCAAGUCAUUGGGUCUUUUCUCACGCGUUAUGAAUACUGGAUCCCAGUUUGUGAUGGAAGGAGUCAAAAAUUUAGUACUAAAGCAGCAGAAUCUUCCAGCAACCCGCAUUUUAGAUAACCUUAUGGAGAUGAAGUCAAAUCCUGAGACAGAUGACUAUAGGUAUUUUGACCCUAAAAUGUUGCGAGGUAGUGACAGCUCAGUUCCACGAAACAAAAAUCCAUUUCAGGAGGCAAUUGUAUUUGUAGUUGGAGGUGGCAAUUAUAUCGAAUACCAAAACCUUGCUGAUUACAUAAAGGGCAAACAAGGUAAACAUGUCUUAUAUGGCUGCAGUGAACUCUUUAAUGCUGCUGAGUUUUUAAAACAGCUUUCCCAACUUGGACAGAAAUAGGACAGAAAAGGAACGUUUUGACGACAUUUGAAAAAGAGAUCAUGGUAGCUGAUAACAUCUUUACCUGUGCAUAUAUUUACAUUUCAAUUCAUUUAUUUGUAAUUUUUAUGAAAUAAUACUCUGUACUUAUAUAUAAUGCAUUCCACAUGCAAAACAUAUACGUCAAAUAAAUUACCAAACUUGAAUUAUG